UUUAAGGGAAGAAGAGGAGAUAGAAGAGGUAGUUUAGCUAUGUUAUCAACAUCAUCAUAUUCAUAUAUUCUUUCAUCUUCUUAGCCUCUUAGGUUAGGGUUCUUUCUCGCCUGCAAUUUCAUUCACCCACACCUCAAUUCUAUUCCUCACCGACACUGCACUCUUGUUUGAUACGGUUCCACCCUCUUCGCUUAUCUCCAAAUUUUGCCCCCCAUUCUCAACGCUUCUUAUCCACACAUUCUGGUCCAAUUAAUUGGUGGAUUGGAUAAAGAAUAAAUACACAAAAUGGCCUUCGUAGCCCAUCAACCGCAGGGCUUAUAUGUGACAUCUUCCUCAAGGCGUUUGCCAUGGAACAAAAGGAUGAAGUUGAAGCAGUGUUUAACAAAACAUCACAUGAUUGGAAGGACUGACUGGCAGUGCCUAUUAAAGAGGAAUAUUUGUUUAAGGUGGAGUGUAGGGCCUCCAUGCUUUUGUGUAUCGAAGCUCAGACCUCUGAGGAUUUCAGGCUUCAAAGGCAGCACCCAAAAUGAUGAUUCUGGAGUUAGGGCUAAUCGAUUGAAGGCACCUAAGACCUCUGUUAGAAUAGGAGAGAGUGAGGAAGCUCAUAAUGUACCAGUCUCUUAUGCAUCUGAAACAAAUGAUAGCCUUGCACCAUCAUCUGCGAUUCAUAGACUUUUCAAAAAAUGGUUGACAUUGUUACGAACACAACCAUCAAGCCAAGAGGUGGAGGAAAUUUUUGGAGAACCCACCUCAGAGAUUUUACCAGGAACUGUACAAGGGACUCAAAUUAAGGAAAGAGCCAAAGUUUUGAAAGUGGCAUGGUCCCAUUUUCUGGCCCUAGAUGCAACAAUAAAGAUUCCUUUGUUAAUAUUUGUUCCUUUCUAUCUGGCUGUUAAUGUGAAAUAUGGUGCUGAAGUUUCCAAGGAGUUAACUCCUUUAUGGGUUUUGGGGCCACUAAUUGUGGCUAUCUACAUCAUGAUAAUCCGUGGAGUGUGUGCACUCUAUGCCUUCAGCUUCAAACAGACUGUCAAAUUACUUAAGAAUUCACCCUCUUAUUGCAUAUUGGCCUUCAACUACAUUUUCCGUGGCAAGCUGAAAGAAGAUAUUGCAACUCUUGCUUUGCAGCCUAUAUUGAGUGUAAAAAAUAGAGAUUAUAAACAGCUAACAAGAAGAAAGUUGAAAGAAUUGCAACAAUGGAUAGUGGAGAUGUAUCUUGAUUUUGUGGAAUCAAUAUGGCCCUAUUAUUGUCGGACAGUCAGAUUUUUGAAGAGGGCUAAUCUUAUUUAGGUUUGAAAAUUGAAAAUAUUCUUGAGGGUAAUCUCCAUAUAGGUUAAAUAGGAAUGAUGGAGAUGAUAUUCUGUAGUGUUGAGAUUUUCGAAUGCGAAUCUGGCCAAUCCCAUUUUCUGUUGGGGUUUUGGUGUUUAGAGCUUGUUAAUGGUAUUGAGGAAGUUACUAAUUCAUGUUAUAUUAAAAACGUUACUUUAUUCUUAGAUUAGGCUGUAAUUUUCUUAUCAUUGAAUCGCUGCUUAUGUUUCGAUGUUCUAUACUAAUUUGAUUCCAUUCUACAACCGGUCAUUUGGCAGCUUCUACUAAUGGUAGAUAAUAUAAAAAGUGUAACUGCCUGUGCUUGUUUGUUUACAAAAUUU